AUGCAUCCCUUCACAUUAAACAUAUCUCUUUUUUUAGCUUUGAUCAUAUUCUCACCAUUUAUUCCAUGCAAUGGUUUGAUGACCAAGCUAAAGGGUGAAACCGACCCAAUAGUACUAACUUGUAGAAAGGUGACCGAUUUCGGUUUUUGUGUCUAUACUCUCCGAUCAGACCCACGAAGUGCCGGAGCAAGUGUAUAUGGGUUUGCUCAAAUAGCCCUUGGCAUACUUGUCCCUCAUGCUAAGGGCACUUCAAACUAUGUUCAAACACUACAAAACAUAACUCCUACAAAAAUGAAAAUUGUGGUUAGUACUUGUAUUCAUUUCUAUGGUCUUGCUACUAACAAUGAUAUUCCAAUGGUUGUAAAGUCUUUAAAUGUUAAGGCUUAUGGGAAUGCCAAAAAGGGUGCUUUAGCAGCAUUGAAUGAUGGGCAACAAUGCCAAGAUGUGAUUGAUAAGUACCCUUCAUCAUUUUGGGUUAGGCUUAUUGGGAUGAAUGAUUAUAUGCAUGAUUUGUCUCAAUUGAGUAGGGAUCUUAUUGGCUUGUUAAGUUAG